AUGGGAAUUUUGCCCAUCCAGGAGAAUAUGCAUGAAGAUAAUGAAACUGCUGUUUAUACAUUAAUGCCAAUGGUUAUGGCUGAUCAACACAGUUGUUUUAGUUGUGGAUCAGUAGAAUGCUUGGUUCUGCUGUUAAAGAAAGGAGCAAAUCCUAACUAUCAAGAUAUUUCAGGCUGUACACCCCUUCAUUUGGCAGCUAGAAAUGGACAGAAGAAAUGCGUGCAUAAAUUAUUAGAAUACGGUGGUGAUGUCAACAUUUGUAAUAAUGAAGGCCUUACAGCAGUAAGGGCUCAGAAUAACUGGUUAGCUGUGAAUGGGCGUACAGAAUUACUCCAUGACCUCCUGCAGCAUGUCAGUGAUGUUGAUGUUGAGGAUGGGAUGGGGCAGACAGCACUGCACGUGGCUUGCCAGAAGGGUCACAAAACGGGCGGCACGCGGGGCUCAGUUGGAGUAGAUGAUGAAGCCGAAGAAGGUGCUGUACUUGUUGCUGUUGCCGCCAUGGGCUUUGCCGCCAUCCAGCUUGAUGAAGACCUCGUCGCCCGCGUCCAGGUGCAGGAUCACGCUGUUGCUGGCGUAGUCGUAGUUCUGGUCCGCGUCCUGGGCGAUGGCGCUGGCCCGCACCAGGCCGUUCUUGCACAGGUCCGCCCACAUGCUCGUGCCGUCGCCGCCCGCGCAUCAGGACAUGUGGCCGUCCGGGCCGCCCGAGCUCACCAGCACGGGGAUCAUCACGAGCAGCACCGCCGCGGCCGCCAGCAGCAUCUUGCAGCCAGCGCGGAGCCGAGGCAGAGCCCGGCCGCCCGGGCCGCGCCGUCUGGGCAAUGGUUCCGGCGGGCGGGGGCGCGCGCGGGGCGCCGCACUCAAGGGCGUUCCGGUGGGGCUGCGGGCAUGGGGCCGGGCCGGGCCGGGCCGGGCCCCGCGCUGCUCAGCCCAGCGCCGCUCGGGCCUCGCGCCUCCCUCCCGCUGCGGGGCCGGCAGUCCAGCUCGAAGCCCACCACACACGCAGUGCAGCCAGGCCGAGAAACCUUCCCAGCGCAGCAGGACCCAGCCGCGGCCAUCAUCCUCUUCAUCGUCCUCCAGCGUGGGUCAGGUUGCCAAAAGGGCCGGCGCCUCGCGUCCCCCGGCCGCUGCCACAGCCUCGUCCAACAGCUAGGGGGAGCUGGCCCCAAGCCCGGCGGACCUCGCAGAGCCAUCCACCGCCCCCUGGCUGCUCGGGCCGCCUCCUCAGCGGACCGCGCCGCCUACAUUAACAAAGUACUUCGGGCAGUUGAAGACCUAUCUAGCAAUUAUGAUGCACAAAUGAAGACUUUAAGGAUUGCAAGGAUAUUUUGUCAUGUAUUUCGAAUUGGUCCUUGCUCCCCCAGUAAUGGCGUCGAUAUGGGCUACAAUGGAAAUAAAACUCCAAGAAGUCAGGUGUUCAAGGUCAGAAAAGUAUAUGAUAGUGUUAGGAGGAUAGACGUAAAAGAGAUGAAUUUGACAAAGCAUGCAUUCAUUAAUCAAAAACCUCAGGAACAGGAGGUAAAUUUGGUUUAUAUCUCAUCUUCAUGUGGAUUUUUAAGAAUAAAUUAUUCUGUACUUAUUUUAAUAGGAACAACUUUCCAGCCCAAUAGCAACUCCUAUGUAAAUCCUGAUCACUUGAACUAUUUCAGAUUUGCUGGACAAAUCUUGGGAUUAGCUUUGAACCAUAGGCAGCUGGUCAAUAUUUAUUUCACACGAUCAUUCUACAAGCACAUUCUUGGUAUUCCUGUAAAUUAUCAAGAUGUGACAUCAAUUGAUCCAGAAUAUGCCAAAAAUUUGCAAUGGAUUUUAGACAAUGAUAUUAGUGAUCUGGGUCUAGAACUAACUUUUUCUGUUGAGACUGAUGUGUUUGGAGCAAUGGAAGAGGUUCCUUUGAAACCUGGAGGUAGAAGUAUUCUUGUGACAUAAAAUAACAAAAGAUAUUUUUCUUUUUCCUCAAAGGAGCUACUGCUUUCUGGCAUGCCGGAAAUUGAUCUGAGUGAUUGGAUAAAAAACACAGAAUGCACAAGUGGCUAUGAAAGAGAUGAUCCUGUUAUUCAGUUGUUCUGGGAAGUUGUAGAAGACAUUACUCAAGAAGAGAGAGUUCUUCUCUUGCAGUUUGCUACUGGCAGGUAAGAAGUGUUUUUAUGAUAAGCGUAGAAAGAAUGUAAUGUAAUAUCAUUUCCAAUGGCUUAGAAAAUAAUCACAGAGAAAAAUAACCAAAAUAAAGACUUAUUACUCUGAACUGUUGGUAUCUUACUACUAUUUUCACUAUUUUAGGUAUUAUAGAUUUAUUUAAGUAUUAAAGAUAAACAUUUAUAAUAGUACUCAAUAAAUGUUUUACAAAUAUUAAACCAAUUCUUAUCAGUAUAUUUUAUAAUUUGGUAAUUUUCAUUCUGUAGGUAGAUAAAUGAUAGCCAAAUUUAUAAUAUUUACAUGUUACUGGUUUGGUAUAAUAGUACAGGUAUUUAGUUUGCCCUUUCUCUCUCUCUCUCUCUCUCUGUCUCUCUCUUUCUCUGUCUCUUUCAUGUGUGACACACACACUCCUUAUGCAUACAGAGCAUUUUUUUCCAAUUCUUACCAAGUUUAAAGUGUUAAAAUUGAUGGCCUAAAAAAUAAUUUGUGAUGCAUUUCUUUGAAAAGUCUACUUUUAAGAUCAAUUAAAUAUAAUAAGCUUUAGAAAACUAGAUGAUUUAAGUCUCUUGUAUUUCUGAAAGAUUAAAGGUCUUUUUUUAAACUUAGAAUUUCAUCUGUUUUCUUUAUUUAUGAACAUGUAGUUUAUGGUGGUGCAUACCUAUAAUCCUGUCACUCUGUGAGGCUGAGGCAGGAAAAUCACAAGUUUAAGUGCAUCCUGGGUAAUUUAAUACCUCAGUGAGACCCUGUCUCAAAAUAAGGAGAGGGUGGGAAUGUAGCUUACUGUGAAGGCUAUGGGUUCAAUUUUCAGUACCCUCCCCCCGCAAAAAAUGGUUCAGUUUUUCCAUUAUAAAUGUAUAUAGUUCUUCUCAAAAGUUGAGAAACAAAAUUAAUGCCUUUAUCAGUAAUAACUAGUAUAAUUUAAUAUAUUUACUUCUGUUUUUUCUAUGUCCAGGAAGAAAAGCCACUAAUAUUUUAUGCUUUCUUAGGUGGUUGUAUUUAGUAUAAUUAAAUUAGUCUUGUUUCUGUUACUUAUGGGAAAAAGUUAUUGGUAAAA